AAUGUCCACGAGUCGUUUGCUUUUUUCUUUUAAAUCUCUCUGAAAUGCAGGAUGCACCGUUUUUCAACAUGAUCCUGAGACGAUUCUAGUGAUGAUUUUCUUCUCCCCCCCCUUUUAUUGAUCACAUCACCCGCGCUGUUUAAACAGAAAAGAGAUGCGCCCGACACACCGAGAGGAGUGGAGCAUGUAACCGGCAGAAAGGCUGCGCCGAGCGGCUGCACCAUUUCACAUUUCUCGCUCUUCCUUCCCUCGUUCCUGGAGGUCGGUUGGUGUGUUCGGCUGGACUCUUGUCGUUUGUUUGGACUUUUUAUCUCGGCAGAAUGAGCGAGGAAGUGUCAGAGGUCCCCAAGGAGCUCGUGGAGAGUGUGAGGGAUGCGGUGGGGAGGAAGGUGAAGCUGUCGCUGAGGAGGAGAGUCAAACUGGAGAUCAAAGGAGACAAAACGGAGAACAGAGUUUUGGCCCUCACUGCUUAUCGAACCUACUUGUUAACAGCACGCAUUCCUGCAAAGGUGGAACACACCUUUAAUUAUCUGGAGAUUCAGGGCAUUGCUUGUAACAAGCCAACACAGCUAUUUAUAGAGUACGAGCGCGGCUCCUUCUCCCUGAAGCUGCUUUCCACAGAGGAAGUCAAUGAGGUCGUUGCUCACAUUGGAAACUGUCUGCAGAGGAUAUGUCCUGGUCUACCACCAGGUAAAGUCAUGAAGAAGCUGUGCAUGGAGCCUCCAGAUCGUCUCACUUCACUGCAGACAUUGUGGGACAGCAACAAGUCCGCUGACCCUGGACCCUGCGGUGGUUUUUCUCAGCUGUACAGAUGUGUUUGUGACUGGUUGGGGCUGCCUUACAGAGAGGAGGUCCAGUGGGAUGUGGACACAAUCUAUCUUACACAAGACUCCAGAGAACUAAACUUGCAAGAUUUCAGCCAUCUGGAGAACAGGGAUCUAAUGCCCAUUAUAGCAGUGCUGGAGUUUAACCAGUGGUUCAGCAAACUCUCCACCAAGGAUUAUAAACUGUCUGCAGAUGUUUGUGAGCAGAUUCUUCGGGUGGUGUCUCGCUCUGGUCGGCUGGAGGAGUUGGUGCUGGACAACACAGGGCUCAAAACAGACUUUGCCCAGAAGCUUGCUGCUGCUUUGAACCACAACUUUAACUCAGGACUCACCACCAUUAAUCUCGCCAACAACCCACUGGAGGACAGAGGUGUCUCUGCCCUUGGUGCUCAGUUUGCCAAACUUCGUAUGGGGCUCAAACAUUUAAACUUUUCCAAAACCUCACUGUCACCCAAAGGGGUGAACAGCCUUUGUCAGUCACUCAGUGCCAACCCGUCCAUCCCCAGCAGCUUAGUCCAUCUGGACCUCUCAGGGAAUAUCCUCAGAGGAGACGAAAUGCAGCAUUUCUACAACUUUCUUGGUCAUCCCAACAGCCUUGUAACCCUGGACCUCUCCAACACUGACUGUUCACUGGAUCAGGUUUGCUCUGCUCUGCUUCGAGGUUCAGUCCAACACCUCUCUGUUCUAAAUGUCUCAAAGAGUGUCUUCCCUCAUAGGAAAAGCAAAGAGGUGCCUCCAUCAUUCAAGCACUUCUUCAGCAGCGCCAUGUCUCUCAGCUCCAUCAAUGUGUCAGGAACCAAGCUGUCGCCAGAAGCUCUCAAAGCUCUUCUUCUUGGCUUGGCCUGUAACCCUAAUCUGAAGGAUGUUUCUCUAGACCUCAGCUGCUGUGAGCUUGGCCAUUGUUUGCGGUCUGGAGGAUCUCAGAUCCUUGAAGGUUGUAUUGCAGAGAUUCCAAACAUCUCCAGCCUCGAUAUCUCUGACAAUGGUUUGGAUUCAGACCUGUCCACUCUGCUGCUGUGGCUGGCCAAGAAUCGUUCUAUCAGACAUUUGUCUCUAGGCAAGAACUUCAAUAACAUCAAGUCCAAAAACCUUGCCCCAGUGUUGGACAGCCUAGUCCACAUGAUUCAAGAGGAAGAGUCGCCCCUCACCUCUCUGUCUUUAGCGGAUUCUAGACUAAAGAGCGAUCUAACCAUUGUUCUGAACGCCCUCGGCAGCAACUCCUCUCUCACCAGGCUUGACAUCAGCGGUAACGCCAUGGGGGAUAUGGGAGCCAAAAUGCUGGCCAAAGCCUUACAGAUCAACAGUAAACUCAGGACCGUGAUCUGGGACAAGAACAACACCAGCCCUCAGGGUCUACAGGAUGUAGCAGCCGCACUGGAGAAGAACUUCACCAUUCGUUUCAUGCCAAUUCCAAUCAUUGAUGCCUCCCAGGCUCUGAAGGCGAGCCCAGAGAAAACAGAAGAUGCUUUGCUGAAGAUUGAAAAUUAUCUGUAUCGGAACCAGGAAACCAGGAAGUUCCUCCAGGAACAGGCCUAUCGGCUUCAGCAGGGCAUUGUUACAACCACCACACAACAGAUGAUUGACAGGAUUUGUGUGAAGGUGCAGGACCACCUGAAUUCACUGAGAAACUCUGAGAUAGAUGCCAUUUUGGAGGACAUCAAGUCAGCAGAGAACCUCAUCAAAGACGCCAGAAACUCUAAAACACUGCUUCCUAACCUCUACCAUCUAGGAGCAGCUUCUAGAGAGGAGGUGAACAGCUCCUCAAUGGGACCCAUCCAGGAGAAGCUGGAGUCUAUGGCUGGGGAGGUGACAACUGUGAUGGACCAACAACUGCAGACUCUCUUGGAAUCGAUGGUGGACGCAGCAGAGUCUCUGUGUCCUCACGUGAUGAAGAGGAGUAACCUUCGCUCAGACCUGAUCAAGGCCAGCACUGGCCAAGAUGGUUGUGCGAAGAGCUUUGUAACCAGAACUCUCCUGGAGCAGUCUGGGGUUGAUAUUAUCAACAAGAUCAGCGAGGUGAAGCUGAGUCUCGCGUCCUUCCUGUCUGACCGCAUCGUGGACGAGAUUUUAGAAGCUCUGUCCUCGUCACAGCACACUUUGGCAGACCAUCUGGUGUGUCGAGGUCGCCCCUUGGUCCAGCAGGAAUCUGUGGAUCUGGAUGUGCCAGAAGAAAAGAUUCCUAAAAGGGCGUCAACAGAGAUACUGGAGGCUGAGCGUCUUGAAGAUCUGGAGACAUGCAUGACUCUGUGCUGCACCAGUAUGACACCUAAAUCCAAGAGGAAAAGCAUUCACAGCAGAAUGCUGCGACCGGUGUCUCGUGCCUUUGAAAUGGAGUUUGACCUGGACAAGGCCUUGGAGGAUGUCCCUGUUCACGUGGAAGAUAAUUCAACUUUAUCUCAAACCCCGCCCACUCCAUCUCACGCUCUGCCUAAACUGGAGCAACAGCCACCGGGACAGAUGGUUGAGUUACCGUCUGAGGAGGAGAAAAAGCUGCAGCACUUCACCAAACUUCGACCCCGCAGGGACAAGAAAACACAUUCCAGCAAAAUACCUCAAAUCGCCAGUGCUUCAUCCCAAGAUGGGGAGCAGAACGGCCUCAUGGGAAGGGUGGAUGAGGGUGUAGAUGAGUUCUUCUUUAAGAAGGUCACCAAAAUAGAUUCCAAACGUUCUCUGAAGAAUUCCGAAUCUCAAGACGGAGAAAAGAAGAAGAGUAAAGGAUUUCUCAACCUCAUCAAACGUUCCUCCAAAUCCGAUAAAGCAGAUAAGACUGAUAAAUCUGAGAAAAACCAGCCGCUGCCUCCUUCCUCUGGAACAUCUUCAGCUUCUGCCCCCGCUUCUGCCAUACCUGAGGAGUCCAGCUCACCAAAGGUGGCUGUGAAGAACACAGCGCCUGAGCCAAAGUCCAGAGAUGCUUCCAGCCGCUCACAGCCGACGGAUUGCAGCAGCAGCUCAGACCGUUCUGAGGAGCUGAGGACUCCAGACUCCAUCGAUGAGCCCUGGGAGGGUUCAGACGGUCGGUGGAGUCCACAGGGGGGUAAACGGUAUACAGGAGUACAGAUGAUUGGCAGUGGCCUCCUGGCAGAGAUGAAGGCCAAGCAGGAAAGGAGAGCGCACAAGUCUUCCAGCCCAGACAGGCCUGACAGCAGUACACCAGUUAAGUCCAACCCUGCAGAAAGCCGAUGUCCUGCUGGCUCCAUUAAUAAAACCGCCCCUACACCUGCUUCCCCAGAAAAGACGUCUCCACGCUGUGACGCCAAGCCAGAAACGGCCCCUCGUCUCCGUGCUGCCUCCUCCUCGAGCUCCCCCGGGGGACCAGUAAGCCCCAAACCAUCUGUCCCCCAGGGAGUCAAGCCUGCCCUGGCUGCCCGACCCACCAUCCCACAGAAGCCAAGAACCACUGCCAGCAGGAGCACAGAUGAGAGCUCAGACUCCCCGAACAGUGGCACCGUGUCAACUAAGGUUCUCCCUGCAACAAUGAAGAGAGCACUAUCAGAGAAAGACAAUGAUGGACAGACGGGGAACUCCACCAAUCAAACUGCUCAGGAAGUGAGGGCGACGUCUGUGUCAGACUCUGUGCGACGUUCAAACCCUCUACGUACCAACUCUGAGGAUCGCAGCACCUUAAAGGCCAAGGACCAGUCGCCAAACCCAGACAAGGCAACGGGCAGGAAGUUGGAGCCUGGGGAGGAGCCCGACAAAGACUAUAUUUUAAUAUGAGCAACCCUACAGCCAAAUAUCUUCAAUUUACAAAAAGCAGCUAAGAAAAGUAGAUUCAUUGGUAUGCCAUCAUUUAUUGUAGAGGUUCCACGUUGCAUUUGAUCUCUUCAUGGGGUUUAUUCUUACAACAAAAUACAAAUCAGGUUUGAGUUGCCUGAUGAACUCUUACAGCAUCAGGCAAUAAAGAAAAAAAAAUUACAGCUACACUUAAUGAAAUUACGAAUCAAUACCGAUUCAAAGAGCUUUCUUCUCUGUUUUUCUCAAAAAUGCAACUGUAGAUUUAAGGCUUGUCACAUAUGUUGAGCGGCCAUCCGCCCAGGACUAAAAACGCCACUAUCAUUGUACUGUACUUGAAGUCUAACAUACAAGACCUGCACUCAGUGAGAUUGUUUAUUCACUAUUUGGAUACUUUUUUCGAUAUACUUUGUAAAGUAUGUGCAAGUUUUCACCUAACUUAAUGGAUUUUUAUGUUUGUUUGUUUUUUUUUUUUCUUUUUUUUUUACAGGGAAAUACAGGUUCAGCUGAGAUUUCUCAGCACAAACGCAUAACCCACACGCCUAUGUAGCUUAAGUCACCCACAGAGGGCCGACCUGAAUCUAAAGACCAGCAAUGUAAACGCAAAGCAAACCGUCACGCUCUGUUCUUCCUGCUGGUCCUAUCGAUUUGCUUUGAGCGGACUGUGGUACACUUUAGCACUGAUGAUAAAUUAAUAAGGCUGUAGCACUGUUAACUAGCACUGCACUGUGUUUAAACACUGUUGGCGGGGGGGGGGGGGGCAGGGACAGACCCCUUUAGCUCAUGUUAGCAAACCCAGGUCUGUUUUACACUAUUUACAGGGUCGUGUCAAAGUGCAUUACAGAGACCCAUCAAACACUUUGGCUCAUGUUCAUCAAAACUGUAUGAUCAGUCAUAUUUA